ACCGCCGUUCUGUCAGUCAGGUUGCUCUGCUGUUUCAUUUCGUCCGUGAUUGCGCGAUCAUCGCGAAUGCACUUUUUUCCCUGUGGAUUGUCUCGAAAGGCAUUGUCCAUCAGGACGAAAAUAAUUUUUUAAAGUCGUCAAUUGAAGCCCUUUUCGCGGUAUAUCGGGUGCGUGAAGAAAACACGAGUGUUCAAUCGGAAGCAAAAGUUAAAAUCGGUGUCAAAACUCGGAAGAAUUCGCACGCGUGUGACUUGCAUUGAGCUGUUGUGUUCCUGAUUGGGGAAAAAAUCAUCUCAUCUCCGUCUUUAGAUUCAAUGAAUCAGAGGUGAAAUUCUUUCUAUCGUGCGCUUAGAAGGAAGUGUUGUUCAGUGAAAUAAAAGUGGCCAUUAGGAGCAUAAGUGAUUGAGGGAAGAAUUACGUGGAAUGAAAAAGUCCAUGCCCUACAGCUGCAAGGCGUGAAUUAAAAAAAAAGCAUUAAGAGGAAGAAAUUGUGCAAGGGCGAUUUAGUGGAGGAAGCAGGAAGCGAUGUAUUUCUACAAACAGAAACUGCUGCAGCCGGGGCAGCUGAAAAAGCUCGGCGACCACAAGUAUUCCUGUUCCAACGUCAGCCUGCUGGAUCCGUUUCUGCAGCCCUGGUGGUGCUGGCUGGUCAGUAAGGUUCCCCUCUGGCUGGCACCGAAUCUGAUCACCAUCGUGGGCCUCGUUAUCAACAUUUUGACGACGCUUAUCCUUAUCUACUUCAGUCCAAACGGUCGCGAGGAACCUCCCCGAUGGGCCAGUGCACUGUGUGCCCUGGGUCUGUUCAUCUACCAAAGUCUGGAUGCGAUCGAUGGCAAACAAGCGCGCCGUACCAAUUCGUCCACCCCGCUGGGAGAACUGUUCGACCACGGGUGCGACUCCAUAUCCACGGUGUUCGUGGCCCUAUCGGCGUGCAUAUCCUGCCAACUCGGAUACUAUCCACGGUGGAUGUUCUUCCAGUGUUUCUGCGCCAUGACCCUGUUCUACUGUGCCCACUGGCAGACGUACGUUUCCGGUACGCUGCGGUUCGGUAAGAUCGACGUCACCGAGGCCCAGUGCACCAUCAUCGGUAUCCAUCUGAUAUCGGCCGUCUUCGGGCCGUCCAUCUGGAUGACGAAAAUCCCAGUCAUUGGUGGCACGUGGAACCUGUACACGGUCUGUACGAUCUUCUCGCUCGGCUAUCUACAGGUGUUCAUAACCUUCUGUAGAACGUUCCAUGAAGGGGGCGUCGGUAAAAAUGGCUCAACCGUUGCUCUUCCGAUGCUGGGUGGCGUCGACAUUAAGAUAGUACCACUUUACUUUGCCGUGUUUGUGUUUGGGCUGUUAGCGUAUGAGAAUGCGUCCGUGAUCUUCACGGGGGGCGUCGGCAAGAAUGGAUCAACCGUUGCCGGAACCAGCGUCCUCUCGCCCAUCAUACCGUUCCUCUUCGUUGUGGUACCGGCGUACGUCAUCUCACAAAAGUCCACCGACCACAUCUACGAAAACUACCCAGCGCUGUACAUCAUGGCGUUCGGGAUGAUCACCGCCAAGGUGACCAACCGGUUAGUGGUUGCCCACAUGACCAAGAGUGAGAUGGAAUACCUGGAUUGGGGCCUGAUAGGACCCCUGUGUUUGUUCCUGAACCAGUACUUCAACAGUUUUCUUCCGGAGUACUACGUGCUAUGGUUCGCGAUGCUGUGGUGCUCAGUAGAUCUGAUUCGGUACUGUGGGCAGGUAUGUCUGGAGAUCUGCGCCUACCUGCGGAUCGAGCUGUUCCGCAUCCCGUACCCUCCGAAGCCGCUAAUGACGUCACAAGGUACGAAUCCUCCACACCACCAUCACCAUCACGAAGGUAGAAACGCAUCGUCGUCGUCGGAAGCUGAUGAACAUCCGCUGAACAACAAUGUCAGUAAUAGCAGUAGCCGAGCCAGUAAGUCGCCCCAGGCCAGCCCUCUGCGGAACUUGGCGGUUCCGCCGAUGUUCCAGCGAGCCCCCUCGUCGGAGGACGGUGGAAGUCCCCGGGUGACGCCCCAUGCGUCACCCAGAAGGCCGCAUCAACACUAGGUAAAUGGGCGCCUAUGAGUGAAAGCUUCCUAUUACCGUUGUCACCAUCACUACCACCGGAAGAGUGUAUUAGUGCUUCAUUGUUUCACGGUUAUGCGAAUUUAUACAGUGACCUUUUGGUUUAUUCUACGAGUGGAGUGAGGUGGGAAAUCACGGUCUCGUACGAGAUCGAGAUUCCUCACUUCACUCCACUAGUAGAAUAAUCCCACCUAUGAUGAAAUAUUUGCUAUCCAUGGUUCCAAAUAUUGAUUCCAUAAAGAUCAUGUGCAUGUAACGUAGAAUCAACAAUCCAGUAAAGUACCCCAAGAAACCAUGAGUACGAAUGACGAGCCUUGAUUCAGCAUCAGAAUUGCAUUCAGGUAUUAUGACAGCACUUCAAAUGCAGACACGCCCCAAUUUGGGUCCUAAAAUUUUAAAUGAAAUCUUGUUUUUAUUCAAUUACACGAAAGAGCAUGUUACUGCAACUACUUUAGCAAUUUUUACCGCUC